UUCGCUUCCGUUCUAUUUCGUCGUCUGUUCAAAGAUGGCGGCUGUUGACGAUGAUGACUUGUUAGAUGAUGAACAUUUGGAGUCAUUACUCGAAUUCCCACUCGAAGUUCAAGACGCUAUCGAUCAGGUACUGCCAAGUGAUGACCCUCUGGACAAGGCAGACUUUAACCCUAUAGAUUACAUCAACACACUGUUCCCGACAGAGCAGUCUUUAGCAAACAUUGAUGAUGUUGUUGGGAAGAUUAGACACAAGAUCAGGAGGCUAGAUGAUGAUAUACGUACUGUUGUUCGAGGCCAGACCAAUGUUGGAGAAGAUGGUAAACUGGCUCUUGAGGAAGCACAGAAGGCCAUACAGGAACUCUUUGCCAAAAUCAUUGAUAUAAAGGACAAGGCAGAGAAGUCAGAGGAAAUGGUCAAAGAAAUCACAAGAGAUAUAAAACAGCUGGACCAUGCCAAGAAAAACUUGACUGGAUCUAUAACAACACUGAACCAUUUACACAUGCUGGUGGGAGGUGUUGAUUCACUUACGUCUCUGACAAGGAGACGACAGUAUGGGGAGGUGGCUAACCUAUUACAGGGUGUGCUCAAUGUUCUAGACCACUUUCAAAAGUAUAUGGGAAUUCCACAGAUCAAACAACUGGCUGACAGAGUGAAACAGAUCCAAUCAGAACUAGGGACUCAAAUACAGGCAGAUUUUGAGGAGGCAUUCCAGGGGGCUGGGGCUAAGUAUGGUCCUGGUAACCAGCGUCAGUUAAAGGAGGCAUGCUUUGUUGUCAGUGUUUUGGACAGUAAGGUCAAGAAAGAUCUCCUUAAUUGGUUUGUGAAACUACAGCUGUCCGAGUACUUGGUAUUAUUUGGAGAGAACCAAGAUGUAGCUUGGUUAGACAAGAUUGAUCGGCGCUAUACAUGGAUAAAAAGAACUCUUGUAGACUUUGAGGAAAAGUUUGGUCAUUUGUUCCCACCUGACUGGGAGGUCAGCGAAAGGAUAUGUGCUGAAUUUUGUGAAAUUACCAGGAGAGAGCUUGGCAAUAUUAUGGCCAGAAGAAGGGCCGAGAUUGAUGUCAAACUGCUGCUGUUUGCCAUACAGAGGACAACCAACUUUGAGGCACUGAUAGCCAAGAGGUUCACAGGUGUGACAUUACAGGAGGUUAAGGCCAAACCAAUGGUGAGCCCCACCUCCCCACCAUCCAAUCCCUUUCAAGAGUCAAGCAACCCAUUUGAGGGAGCAUCAGAUGGCGAGACUACUCCAAGUGAUGAAAGCAAGGCAGACCCAAAGCCACAAAUCCUGUCUCCCUUCAGUGGUAUCAUUUCAAGAUGUUUUGAAGCACACCUCAGUAUCUACAUAGAAUCUCAGGACAGAAAUUUAGCAGAGUUGAUCAAUCGAUUCCUGGAGGACCUGCGCCAGCAUGGCACACCACGCAUGGAGUCUGAAGAGAGUAGUAACGUAUUACCAAGUUGUGCAGACUUGUUUGUGUUCUACAAGAAAUGCAUGGUCCAGUGCUCACAACUCAGUACGGGUCAACCAAUGCUUGACCUAACUCGGACUUUCCAAAAAUACCUCCGGGAAUAUGCUCAUCGGGUGCUACUCACCAACCUUCCUAAAAUGGCAAGUCAAAACACAGGCAUCAGCUCUGCGUCAGGUUUGAUACAGAGUAUCCUCAAAGAAGGGGAGAUAACCAAGUUUACAGAGGAGGAACAAUGUAGAAUAUGUAGUAUUCUUUGUUCAGCGGAAUACUGCAUGGAGACCUCACAACAGCUGGAGGAAAAGUUACGGGAGAAGGUUGACAAGGAACUAGCUCUACAGAUAGACCUUAACCCGGAACAGGACACCUUCCAUAAUGUAAUCUCCAGCUGUAUACAGCUAUUGGUACAAGACUUGGAGAUCGCAUGUGAGCCUGCUUUGCUGGCAAUGAGCAAGAUGUCGUGGUCCACAAUUGAGGCAGUGGGUGACCAAAGUGGAUAUGUGACAGCCGUCACCUCUCACCUCAAACAGAACCUGCCUAUCAUCAGAGACAACCUGGCAUCCUCUCGUAAAUACUUCACACAAUUUUGUCUUAAAUUUGCCAAUACAUUUAUUCCUAAAUUCAUCAACCAUCUUUUCAAAUGCAAGAAUAUCAGCACAGUGGCAGCAGAACAGUUACUACUGGACACUCAUUCACUAAAGACAGUGUUACUGGAUCUGCCUUCUCUAGGAUCCCAAAUCAUCAGAAAGGCCCCAGCCAGUUUCACAAAGAUAGUGGUAAAAGGCAUGACAAAAGCAGAGAUGAUACUUAAGGUUGUGAUGUCUCUCCAUGAACCGCCUCAGGGUUUUGUUGACAACUACAUAAGGCUUCUCAGUGAUUCUGAUAUCAAUGAAUUCCAGCGAGUUUUGGAAAUGAAGGGAUUAAGAAGAGGUGACCAAAGUAAUUUACUGGAAAUUUAUCGAGCUAGAAUUCCUGUGUCCAUGGCAUUGGGAGGCCAUACAGAAAUGUCUGUGACAUCUACACCAGAACCAGAAUCUAGUCGGAUUAAGAAAUUAGAGAAACUAAUCAAGAAACGACUAUAGCACGAGAGAAAUGUUUACGUCUAAUCUUAAUAAAGUGGCACGAUUGUCAAAUUCUGAAAAGUGCUAUGUAUCAAAGUGUCUUCAGUCCAAAAUAACUCUUCUAAUACUGCCCAUACAUUGGCCAGGAGGUAUUACAGUGAGGUAUAGUCCACAGACUGAAGCUCUUGGAUAAUCUCUGGUGAUAUAUAAGUUAAACUAUGAUGAACUUUAUGAAAUAUUGAUAAGAAAGUGCAAUAGGUUUUAUAUAUAUGGUAUGAAAUUGGUGAUAGUGUUUAACAAUAUAUCUAAAUGUAGUAGGGAUAAUCAAGUGUUUUAAUUACCUGAGUAAAAUUGUAAGUUGUUUCAGUAUAUAUUGUCCCUGCUUUCUUACUGUUAACAGAAAUGUUCUGCAGAUUGUGUAAGAUCAUGAACCCCACAAAAUCUUAACUAAGCUGUAUAUUGUGAAUGUUAAUGUACACAUCAGGUCUUCUGUGAUAAAAGGGAUAUUACACCCCAAUAUUUGUGAUAUGUAUGUUUUGUAUAAUGGUAAAUAAUGAAAGUUUAAUUAACCUAAAACCUAUAAGUUUCUUUCUACUUUCUACAAAUUAUGUACAAAGUCUACAAGUGUGGAUAGUUUCCCAGAGGACCUGGGAAUGAACUAUAAAUGAGGGACCAGGCAUAUAUUUAUAUAUUGUGGAGAGGUUGAGGGGGGCAGGGAUAUAUUUUUUGUGACCAACCUAUACUACCAUCAUCUCUAAUUUUCCCCUCAAAUAUUACCUAGUACAAGAUCCUCACUGCCCCAUGAAUAGUCCUAAUUCAUGAUUACAUGUAAAUAGUGGUAAGCGUAAUGUUUUGAGUAAAGGUAAGAUAGGAGUGCACAAUUCCUUAUAUAGUUUGGUAUUAACUACAGGCACUUGUGGGAAACAAUGUACAAGCCAACACCUUUACAGUAUUUUCACUAUAAAUGAAAAUUAUUCAUCAACCCCAGACACUGCAAAUAUAAAAUCUACUGGUCCCAGCCAUUAAUUCACUCUCAGAUUUGUACACUCCUGUUUAGGUUAUAUGUUCGAGAUUGAAUGGACAGGAGUUUAUGUUUCCUCAAAUAGAAUGUACUGUAAAACAGGCGAUUUUCAACUAAUAUUUGGGUGAAAAUCAGACUUUGAUCAAUUGGGGAUUAAAGUGGACUGAAAUACUACCGUAUAUGACCUAAUUAGGGCGCCUGCCCUAAUAAGGGCGCCCCUACCUUUUUUCCAAGGAAAAAAUAUUUGUCUUAGUGCCAAAAUGGUGUUCAAAAGUAAUAAUUCAUGUGAAAUGUUUUGCUACUUUAUGUGUUCAAUUUUCUUCAGCAAAUUAAGUCACUGGAACACAAGUUUUCGCCACAAUGUCAAUAACCUGCGCCCUGCGCCCUUAUUAGGUCAUAUACGGUAUAUAACAUUAUUUUGUCAGUAUUUACCCUCCUUUAAUAGUGUUUGACUGUUGGUACAUGGGGACAUUCAUAUAAGGGAUAAUAAUGUUGGAAAUGAAAUGCUUUAUAUUUGGGAUUGAACUUUGUUCUAGCAGUACUGUUAAUAAGUUUACAUGAGAGCUGAAGUCCACACUGUAUGAAUUUGUAUUAAAAUUUUGGGGUAUAAACAUGUUAGCUGAUAAAAACACUGCAGCAAUACAUACACACUCAAAUCUUAGAAUGUCAAAAAAAAUUGAUAUUUCAUCAAAUUAAUUAGUUGGAGUGUGCAAAAUAAUGUACAAUGUUUUAGAAAAUGAUGUACUAAAAUUGCAAUGAGAACAAUGAUUAUCGUGAUUUGUUUAUCGCAAUGCUUUAAGUACUAAUUAUUACCAGUUAAGUGUACUCUAUUACCGUUUGCUGUUAAUGUAUCAAUGUGUACGAUUUAAAUACUUCGAAGAGAUUUAAAACUGAAUGUGUGAAAUGAAUUUGAAUUUCUAUUUACAUGUACACAGAGAAUAUAAUUGUGAAUAAUAAUGAAAUCAAAAUAGUUAUUGUGAACAUAUACUUUUUUCCAAACAAUGUCCCUGUGCUUGUUUUAUAGCAUGACGGCUCAAAGUCAUGUCACUAAUUUAGAACACCAAGAAAAUCUUAACUCUAUAUUUAUUUCCCUGUAAAAAAAUGAGAUUGUAUUCAGAUGUAAAAUAUUCAAUAUGGGUAUACCAUUUGACAGAUUUUGUUCUUCAGUUAUUUGUGAAGAAAUUUGAUAAGGUCCUGCAUUAUUAGUGCAGAAAACCUAAAUGGAUUAUAAUGCAACUGUACAAAUAAAGUGAAUGAGAUGAUAUUUAA